AUGAGGCUCCCCAUCCGUGCCGAUCCGGACGCAGCAAAGAUUUGGGAGCGACACAGACAGUGGACGGUGGUUGUAACUGGCUGGGGUGGCUGUACCUUGAUCGCCCCAUCUAAGCAACAUGCGAAGGAGAGAAGAGAGUUAGCUCCCCAAAAGAGACAAAGGGUGAAAAACUCAAUCAUCGUUAAGCUUGAGCAACUCGAAAUAAGAAUAGACAGAGAAACCCCGAUCACUGCUCGGGCUCCAAUGUCUCUCCCAACUCCACUAACCUCCUCAGUAAGACCAUGGAUUCCUCAUGAAGUCCCUCCUCAUUCGUUGACCUACAUUCUUCGUGGCUUAGAGGGACCCCUUACACGCCUCGAUCCCGUUUCAAUCAACAAUUCAGAGGUCGAGUCCAUGUGGCACCUAAACAUGACCACUGACAAGACGAUGGUGGGUAUUUCACUUUCAUUGCCCCAUGAUAUUGGGAUGAUUUGUUCUAUCGGUCCUCGGGACAACUUGGAUUCAACUGAAGUACUACUAGUGAAGCUGGGAUCUUUUGCACUUGUCAAGUUAUGGGUAACAUUUGCACUUGUGUGGGUGGAGCUAAUAAUAACGUGUAUGCCCAUGGCGGAGGAGGGCCACAAAACAUCCAGGCUCAAUGGCAAACAAAUAGCAGUAGAUCUAACAAUGAGGUGGUUUUCCCCGGCGGAGGUGGCCCACAAACCAUCCACGCUCAACGGCAAACAAAAGGAAGUAGAUCAAGCAGUGAGAUGGUUUUCCCGGGCGGAGAUGGCCCACAAAAGAUCCAGACUCCACGGAAAACAAAUAGCAGUAGAUCCAGCAGUGAGAUGUUUCUCCCCGGCGGAGAUGGCCCACAAAAGAUCCAGACUCCACGGCAAACAAAUAGCAGUAGAUCCAGCAGUGAGAUGUUUUUCCCCGGCGGAGAUGGCCCACAAAAGAUCCAGGGUCCACGGCAAACAAAUAGCAGUAGAUCCAGCAGUGAGAUGUUUUUCCCCGGCGGAGAUGGCCCACGAAAGAUCCAGGGUCCACGGCAAACAAAUAGCAGUAGAUCUAAGAGUUGGGCGGUUAACCUUGCAGAACUGGUACCACACAUCAUCAACUACGGACCCAUCAACUUCGGACCCGUCCUCCGGAUCUAUGGGACCCCUGAGAAGAGUAGUGAUUCCCGUGUAUCCCGGUUUUUCAUCCAACCACAAAACACCCAGGUACCUGGCAGAUUUUAUUAAUUUUUCCCUACUGUGGUGGCAAAUCAGAUUAUAG